AUGUGGAAGAUUAUGCGUGUAUGGAGGUGCGGAGGGGUGCGCUGGGUACACCGUCAGCGACCCUCGCACGAGCUGCUAUCCCAAUUGUCGUUUGAACAGCAUUACAAGAUCAGGUCCAACAUCGAGCUGCUGAUACAGGACUACGCCAGCAAACCAAUUGCGCCAUUAACCUACGAGUACUUCCUGCAGUACAGGCCGCCACUGACCAAGAAGGAGGAGUACAUGCUGACGAUCAAGACGAUUAACCUACUGCUUUCAUUGACGUGCAAACGGCUGAAUGCCAUCCAAAGACUACCGUACAAUGCGGUGAUCAACCCACAUAUCGAGAAGACUAACUCUUUGUACCUGAAAAGUCUACAGACAUUAUUGUCGAUUGCGUAUCCGUAUGAGUUGCACAACCCACCCAAGAUACAGGCCAGGUUUACGGAACUGCUGGACGACCACGAAGAUGCCAUUGUAGUGUUGGCGAAAGGCCUACAGGAGAUUCGGUCAUGCUAUCCGAAGUUUAAGAUUUCACAGUUUCUGAACUUCCAUUUGAAAGAGAGAAUCACCAUGAAACUGCUGGUGACGCACUAUCUGUCGCUGAUGGCGCAAAAUAACGAUGGCUCCAACCAAAAGAUGAUCGGGAUCCUGCAGCGGGACCUACCUAUAGCACAAUUGUUCAAGCAAGUGUCAGACUAUGUCAAUGACAUCUGUUUCGUGAAGUUCAACACACAGAGGAUCCCAGUCCUUGUUCAUCCAUCAUCACAGGACAUCACAUUCACGUGCAUCCCGCCCAUCUUGGAGUAUAUCAUGACAGAAGUAUUCAAGAACGCCUUUGAAGCGCAGAUUGCGCACGGCCAGGAGCACGUGCCCAUAGAAAUCAACCUCUUAAAGCCUGAUGACGAUGAGCUGUACAUAAGGAUUAGGGACCACGGCGGCGGGAUUACGCCUGAGGUGGAGGCGCACAUGUUCGACUAUUCCUACUCGACACGUUCUCAACAACCAGUCGAUGGCGAGUCUAUAGAUCUGCCCGGUGAGCAAAUCAACAAUGUUUCCGGUAUGGGGUUCGGUCUGCCCAUGUGCAAGACAUAUUUAGAGUUUUUCGGGGGCAAGAUCGACGUCCAGAGCCUUCUUGGCUGGGGGACAGACGUCUACAUUAAGCUCAAAGGGCCCUCCAAGGCCAUGCUCAUUCUUAAGCGUUAG